GUGAGGGAAGCUGUUUUUCUUCCCACACGUGACCACAGGCAUCCACAGGAAAAGGCACAAAAGAAAGCUGGAGAAACUAGCUGAAAAGACAGUGGCCGCCGUCCUGGGAAAACACGUUUAGCAAAUGAGGUAACUGAUAAGCCCGUUUUUCUGGGAGGCAGCCCUGCAACUGAGCCAACUCUCCUUGUUUUCAUGGCCUGGCAGAGGAGAGAGAUCAGCAACUUUGAGUACCUCAUGCACCUGAACUCCCUGGCGGGACGGACCCACAGUGACCUCAUGCAGUACCCCGUGUUUCCCUGGGUCCUUGCAGACUACCAUUCCCAGGCUCUGGACCUGGCCAAUCACAACACCUUCCGUGACCUCUCCAAGCCCAUGGGGGCACAGACAGAAGAGAGGAAAGAGAAAUUCAUCCAGCGCUUCAAAGAAGUGGAGAAGACUGAAGGUAACCUCUCGGCUCAGAGCCACUACUGCACCCACUACUCCUCCGCCAUGAUUGUGGCUUCCUACCUGGUCCGCCUGGAGCCCUUCACAGAAACCUUCCGAUCUUUGCAGGGAGGGGACCUGGAUGUUGCAGAUCGCAUGUUCCACAGCGUGAGGAACACCUGGGAGUCAGCCUCAAGAGACAACAUGACGGAUGUCCGGGAACUGAUACCUGAAUUCUUUUACCUCCCUGAAUUUUUAACAAACCACAACCACAUUGACUUUGGAUGCUUGCAGGACGGGACCCGGCUGAACGACGUGGACCUGCCACCUUGGGCGGGAGGAAACCCUCACUGGUUUAUUAGGCUGCACAGGCAGGCCCUGGAAAGCGACUACGUCAGCAGCCACCUCCACCACUGGAUCGACCUGAUCUUCGGCUUCAAGCAGCAGGGCUCGGCUGCCGUGAAGGCCACGAACGUCUUCCACCCCUAUUUCUACAGCGAUCAAGUACAAAUGGACAACAUUGGUGACCCUCUCAUCAAGAGCACCAUCCUGGGAUUUGUCAGCAAUUUUGGACAGAUCCCAAAGCAGCUUUUUACGAAACCGCAUCCCUCCAGAAAUGCUGUGAGCCUGAGGAAACAUUCAGUGGGGAAAGACAGCUUCCUCUUUCCUUCUCCGGCUCUCUCUGUCAGUAAUCUGUAUAAUCUGAAACUGACAUCAAUUAUUCCCAAAGAGGCACCUCAAGGACCUGUUGGUCAUAUUGUAUGUACAGAAAAGGGGAUUUUGGCUGUGGAGAAGAAAAGUAUUUUGCUUCCUCCACUGUGGAGUAAAAUAUUUUCCUGGGGAUUCAGUGACUUCACCUGCUGUCUGGCUGAUUCUGGAUCAGACAAGAGGCCGACCGUCCUGGAGGCCCCAGCUGACUGGGGUGACUGUCUCUGCGCUGUGUCUCCCACCCCCGGCACCCUCAUCACCUCUGGAAGCAGCUCCGUGGUUUGUGUCUGGGAUCUCUGCAGGAGCACGGCGGGAGCCACGGCUUUACUUCUGAAACAGCCUCUCUAUGGACACACCCAGCCGGUGACCUGCUUGGCCGCCUCCACGGCCUACGGCCUCCUGCUGAGUGGCUCUGUGGACGGAUCCUGCAUCUUCUGGGACCUGAACCGGUUGACGUGCCUCACCCGGCUUCCUGCCCACGAGGCCGGCCUCUCGGCGGUUGCCAUCAAUGAUUCAACGGGCGAAGUGGCUUCGUGUGCCGGAAUGACCCUGUACCUUUGGACGGUCAACGGGCAGCCCCUGGCCAGAGGACAGGCUCCCUUAAGGCCCGGAGGGAUCAUCUCCUGCUGCUGCUUCUUUGACGUGAAGGACUGGGACGUGCAGAGCCUCCUGGUCACGGGGGACACGGAUGGCUGCGUGCAGGUCUGGAAGCUUGAAGGAGCUUCGCCUGGGAGCCUCAGAGAGGAGACGGUGGAAGAAGCUGGCAAGCAGGGCGGCAGAGCGGGGAGAGCGGCGCUUGUCCUCCGCCGAGAGCGGCUGCUUCGCACCAGCCCCGCCGAGGGAGCCGCCCGGCCCGACGCGCCCAUCACCGCCCUGGCAACCGCCAGAAAUUAUUCCAAGCUUCUGGCUGGCAAUGAAGACGGGAAGGUCUGCUGUUGGUCAGUGGAUGAAUAGAAGAAAGAAGUACGAACUGGUCUCUUAAACAACUGUGGAAGUGUGUAACUGCGGGAUUCACCUACAUGUGACCUGCCCUUGAUUAGAAGAGGUGGAGCGCUCUUGAAUUGAGGAAAAAUGUGAAUCCCAGCAAAAGCGCCUUCCGGCAGAUCCCUCAGCUGAGCAAAGGAUGGGGUGGGAUCGGUCUCCUCUUGGUUGUGAGGACCUGAAAUGAUUCGCUGAGGUGGGGCAGACGGGAGAAAAUUUCAGGAAUAUUUGGCCCCAAAGUCUCCCUCUGUUGCCUUGCAAGGCUGAGGUGGCAAAGUCCACCCUGGGCGGUUUAAGAAGGGCCCAGACUGGAUCCGUGGGGAGAUUUCUCAGAUUAUGAAGAGGGGCGAAAAUUCUCCUCUCUUGGAAAGGCUCCUCCUGCCAUCGCCAGUCCAAGGAACAAAUCUGUGGAAAUGUUUGGCGUGUCUUUCAACUAGUAUUAUUAUCUAAAUAUUAUCAGAUAAUUCUGGGUGUUAUUUAUUAUCAAUCUUUCUGCUUUCCUGAAACUUUAGCAGUGGGGGAUUAAGCGUCACAGUAUUCAUCCUGAUAUCUGAAUUCCUGGCAGUUUCUUUUGUCUCUCCUUUAAAAAAAAAAAAAAAAAGUGCCAGACAGCCACAGAUGUUGACUGGGACCUGCUGAGUGCGAAGGAAUUAAAGUUUCCCACUUGGCCUCUUUUUCUUCUCUGACUAACUGCAACCAGGGUGGCUGCUCUGCUUGUCCGUGGGCCGGCCUGGGUGGACGCCCGUCUCCCGGGCCAGAAGCAGAAUCCAAACUGAAACGCACCAGAACUGCUCUGGAGAAAGAUGAGAGGGGAAACGCCCUCUCGGGAUUCGGGGGUCACCUGUGCUUUGCUCUUGACGUUUCAGUUUUUCUGCCCAGCCAGACCUAGUUCAGCUCCCAGGGACAGAGAGCUACACCUGUGUUUAGGACUUGGUGUGAUUUCUAACAAGUCGAUAAAUGUCUUGUGCUCUGGUGCAUUUCCUCGGGAUGUUCUCGGUAGAGACUGUGUGUGUGAUUGCUAUUUUUGCUAAGGAAAAUAAACGUUGUUCACGGA